GACAGUGCUUUGCCUUGUCCGGUUACAGCCCCAGCCCGACACAAUUCUCCCCGUACUCCACCGGGCUAUUUUUGUCCAGAGGCGCAGCUGAUUGUAGGGGCUUUUGGCCCUCCCUGAUUUUGGCAGGCGCACGUCCUUGUGGAGAGUCGGGCUUAUUUGGAAAAUAGGGAGUUGUCAGGCGGAAGAGAAGACUUGGCUUAAUAUUUCAUUCGCCUAUCCAAAGCUCUCGCUGCAAGUUUUCUGUGGCAUGUGUUUAAAACCGACAGCAGGCCUAUAACUAGCAUAUAUCUCAAACCGAGUUUACAAGCCAAGGAAUUUGUUGACGGGGAUUUAUCAUCUUAAUAGCCAUCCCUCUGGAAAGCGCUGGUGUGCUGUCAUUGCGUAAGCGCAUACCCCACCUCCCUCGAAAGUGCUACUUCUGGAGGGCUAGAGCGAACAUCACUGAACCUCUCACCUCCCUAACACAGUCUGUCUCCUACGUAUGUUUGACUCUCCACCUCUAUCCAGCCGACAGUGAGUCAUCCCCGGUAUAGCCAGUCGACCCGCCACUCCCGGUGGGUUCUUGUGCGGAGGAUGGAGACGAACCCCAUUCCCGUGGUAACGGUCCAGACGAGCCCGUUUGAUGACCAGCGGCCCGGUACCAACGGGCUGCGGCGGAAGACGGCUGUGUUCGAGGGCAAGAAGAACUACCUGCAGAACUACAUCCAAAGUGUACUGUCGUCCAUCGACCUGAGAGACCGCCAGGGAUGCACGAUGGUGGUGGGCAGCGACGGACGCUACUUCAGCCGAGCAGCCACCGAGAUUAUAGUUCAGAUGGCCGCUGCCAACGGGAUUGGUCGGCUGGUGAUUGGACACAACGGCCUCCUCUCCACCCCUGCUGUGUCCUGCAUCAUCAGGAAGAUCAAGGCCAUUGGUGGAAUCAUCCUGACAGCCAGUCACAAUCCAGGAGGCCCCGGGGGAGACUUUGGGGUCAAAUUCAACGUGGCCAAUGGAGGCCCAUCUCCGGACACGGUGAUGGAGAAGAUUGCCCAGGUGAGUAGGACCCUGGAGGAGUAUGCCAUCUGUCCUGACCUCCGCAUUGACCUGGCCAGGCUGGGACGCCACGACUUUGACCUGGAGAACAAGUUCAAACCCUUCAGAGUUGAGAUAGUGGACUCAGUGGAGUUGUACCUCAACCUGCUGAGAACCAUCUUUGACUUCAACGCCAUCAAGAGCCUUCUGACAGGACCUGAACAGCUGAAGAUACGCAUAGACGCCAUGAAUGGAGUGAUGGGUCUCUACGUGCGCCGUAUCAUGUGUGAUGAGCUGGGGGCUCCUGCCAAUGCUGCUGUCAACUGUGUCCCCAUGGAGGACUUUGGGGGCCGGCCUCCAGAGCCCAACCUCACAUACGCAGCCCCAUUGGUUGAUGCCAUGAAGGGCGGAGACAUUGGUUUCGGAGCUGCUUUCGAUGCAGACGGGGACCGGUAUAUGAUCCUGGGUGAGAAUGGUUUCUUUGUGAACCCUUCAGACUCCUUGGCUGUUAUGGCGGCCAACCUCUCCUGUAUCCCCUACUUCAGACAGUUGGGACUAAAGGGCUUCGCUAGGAGUAUGGCUACCAGCACUGCCUUAGACAGGGUGGCCAAGGCCUUGAAGGUGGCGCUGUAUGAGACUCCUACAGGCUGGAGGUUCUUUGGGAACCUGAUGGACUCCGGGAGGUGCUCGCUCUGCGGAGAGGAGAGCUUCGGGACAAGUUCAGACCACAUCCGUGAGAAGGACGGUCUGUGGUCGGUGCUGGUGUGGCUGUCCAUGAUGGCUGCCAGGAAACAGGGCGUGGAUGAGAUCGUCAAGGACCACUGGGCCAAGCUCGGACGCAACUACUUCUGCAGGUUUGACUAUGAGGGGGUGGACCCCAGAGCAGCCUUCUAUCUGAUGAGGGACUUGGAGGGGGUGAUCACAGACAAAGCCUUCCCAAGCCAGAAGUUUGCUGUGGGGAAUGCUGUCUACAGCGUGGAGCGGGCUGAUAACUUUGAGUACGUCGACCCUGUGGACGGAACCGUGGUCCGCAACCAGGGUCUGCGGAUUGUCUUCACUGAUGCAUCCCGUCUGGUCUUCCGUCUGAGUGGGAGUGGGGGAGGGGCCGGGGCCACGGUCCGGAUCUAUGCAGAGAGCUUAGAGAGAGACCCCGAGAGACAAAACAGAGAAACUCAGGCGGUGCUGGGUCCCCUCAUUGCCAUCGCCCUGAAGAUCUCUGACAUCCAUGAGAGGACAGGACGCCGCAGCCCCACCGUCAUCACCUGAGCUCUGCUCCACCGCACACGCACACACACACACACAUACACACAUACACACACACACGCACACGCACACGCACACACACACACAACUGAGUGCUCCCCCCCACAAAACACACACAUCUCUAAGGCCACCAUGUCCUGCUUGUUGCCACACCUGGAGCCAAUAGCAAGCAAGCGCUAUUCACUCUUUACUUAUCUCAACAUUUUAAAUAUUAUUUGGUCUGCAAAAGAAAAGAAGCAAGCUGUGUAUUUCAGCAGUUGAUAAGACACCAAUUGUUAAUAUCAUGCCUCUGUUUUGAAAGUUUUAUGUUCUGGAUGUGUGAAAUUACAGCCACAAAGCCUGUGUCUUUAUCUAUGUGUGUGUGUGUGUAUUUGUUUGCCUUAUCAUUCAUUAUAAAGGCGACUGACAGAAUUAAAGUCCAGUUGUUUAUACAACAUGUUUUCUUACGAUAUAUUUUUUUUAACAUAGUAUAAUUUUAAGCGGCGUUUCACCUUUCAGAAAGUUUAUGCCACAUGCGCGCACGCACGCACGCACGAACGCACACACACACACACAUUCUUCCAAGUAUGUUUGUCUUUAGCCAGGAGUAAAUCGCACAUACAGAAAAAUGAUAUAUUGGAAUAUAUUUCAAUAAAAUAUAAAUAUAUGUGGGAAAUGUAUUUAUCAAAUAUAUAAAUAAAUGAAAUAUCCAGAAAAUCA